UCUGCCGAGGGAGGGGUCGCUCAGGAGUGGCGGGGGAGGGCGGGGGCCGGGCCGACGAGAUGGCCUGGCCCUGCAUCAGCCGGGCGUGCUGCAUCGCCCGCUUCUGGAACCAGCUGGACAAGGCGGACAUCGCUGUGCCUUUGGUCUUCACCAAGUAUUCCGAAGCCACCGACUUCCCGGGGGCUCCGGUGGUCCUCCAACAGCAGCAGCCGCCGCGCCUCCCAGCGGCCAUCGAAACCCAGCCGGCUGCCCUCAGCGGUGACCAGGAUGGGGUCGCCAGGGUGACCUCUGUCGCUGGGGACCAAGGACCGGGCCCACACAAAACCGGGCCCAAAGACCAGGCCUGUGGUGAUUCGGUCAUGCGCCAGGACUACAAACCCUGGAAAUUCCAGAGGCCAGAGACCAGCUGUAAGCCCAGAUGUGAAUAUCAGCCCUCAGACACUCCCUUCGAGAAGGAGAGCCAGUACCAGAAGGAUUUCCGGGCCUGGCCCAUCCCCAAGAGAGGGGACCACCCUUGGAUCCCCAAACCCCUGCCUAUCCCCCCGGUCGACCUCGACAAGGGGUCCAAGGAAAGAUCCGGCAGCCAAGAGAGGAGGAGGAAGGCUCUCGGGAGCCUGGAGAAAGAGAAGCGGGGAGGGAAGGACGAGGAGGUGGCCAAGGCAAGCAAGCUUGAAGAAGGGCAAGUCAAGAAGACCAAAAAGCGGGUCCACAUCAUGGAAGAUGGGGCUCCACCACAGCAGCCGGGGACCUCCGCGCCAGCAGAGGGCAGCAAAGGACGGGCCGCGGUGGACGCACUCAACCGGCAGAUCAAGGAGGAAGUGACGGCGCGGGUGAGCACCUCUUCCUACAGGUGAGAAAC